AUAAGCAUGGUUUCCAUCUCAUAUUAUAAGUUUAUAUACUAAAUUACGCAUAUAUAAUUUAAAUAUGUAAGAUAACUAUCUUAUCCCGCGCAAGGCGCAUGUUACUACCUAGUUGGUGACAAACAUGUAAAAAACUUUUCACUACAAACAAAAUUGACAAAUGUACUCAACGCCAAACUUUGUUGCUUGAGAAUAUAAUAAGUGGCAGAGAAGAGACAAUUGGGGUUCUCUCUGAAGGCAAAACGUUGAAAGGGCUUUGUUGUUGUUUUGUUUGGACGUCAAGAAGUCUCUGUUAGGCCCCUGGUUUGUUAUAGUACUCGGAUUCAGUUUACUAAUUCCACAGUUCAGUUGUGCUAUUUAAGAGUUUUUGUCAAAUAAGGGAAACAAAUCUGUAAUUAAACAUUUUUGUGGAUUGUGCAAUUUUCAAGAUUUGGUAUUGUUUUUUUUUUUUUGAAAAUUUGAGUAAGGAGUUAAGGUGAAGGGCUUGUAAUGAGUGGCCAAAAUAGAUCUGGACCGGUCCAGUGUCUUUCUCACUUUAUCUGUUGUAUCCAUUUGCAUAUCUUUUUGCCUUCCAUGCAUGAAUCGAACAACACAACACACACAAAGAGAUGGAGAGAGAGAGAGAGUAGGGUGUUGAAAUUUUGACUAAUCUUGUUAGUAACAACAACACUUGUGAUCUUUUGUGAUAUUUUUUUCUUUUGCUCCAAAAUAUUCAAAAAUAAAAAAGAGAAAACAAAUCUCUAAACUUUAAAGGAUAGAAGAAUAGUGUGGAAUUUAUUUACAAAGUUUGUAGCUUUAACAUUCUCUCCUCUUUGCUUAGCUUGAAGGUAGGAGGAUCUUGUACUUAAAGCCAGAGAAUAACUGUCACAUCCCAGAAUCUUGAUCCUUAAGAAAGCAUCAACCUUUCCUCUGCUUCCCUUCGCAGUCUGUAGCCUUUGGGAGAUUUUUGAGUGUUUGAUCGACCAAUCAAGAUGGAGAAGGAGUUUGUGUGCAAGUUCUGUAACAAGAAGUUCCCUUCUGGGAAAUCACUCGGAGGUCACAUCAGGAUUCAUUCGCCUCAGAGUUCAGUUCAUUCGGAUAGUUUCAUUGGCAAGAAUAACAACAGCAAGAAGAGGUUGGUUGAUCAGAGAGCUCUUGCCAGUCACAACUAUGAGGGUGAGAAGAAGAUGGUGAUGGAGAUGGACACCCAAUCUGCUUCUGAGACUACUACUACUUCCUCUGGUCCUGCAAUGAUCAAAAGAUCCAAGAAGCAGCCCAGUUCUGAAUCUUUUAGUACUGUGAGCUGGUCUUCUGAUCCUGGGAUUGAUCAAGGAUCUAAGGAUCUCAUGUUUUUACAUUUGGGUAGGAAAGACUUUAACUUGCCUGAGUCAUCAGAGAACAACUCUGAGAUUCUCGAGACUAAGUCAUCUUCAGGGGAGCUGCUUAAGACACCAGAUAAAGUUGCUGUUGGUGAUGAUAGUGAUGAUAGUGAUAAUGGUUCCUCUGAUUCUGAUUACUUCAUGAGUGGACCAAAGAAGUCAGAUGUCUCGGUUGGUGGGUCUCUUAGGAACACUGGAGUUGGUUCUGGAUUCAACAGCUUCAAGAACGGUGAUGAGCUUGGGGUAAAGGAGGGAGGAUCAAAGCAUGAGCUGGGCAAAAGCAAAAGAGUCUCGCCUUCUUAUGGAAGUGAUUCUUAUGAAGACAAAAAGAACAGCAAGUUUCAUAGGUCCAGUGAUGGUGGCAUGGUUAAGAAAGCAAGUGGUGGAGACAAGAAUAGCAAAGGCCACGAGUGCCCAGUCUGCUUCAAGGUGUACAGUUCAGGACAAGCUUUAGGAGGUCACAAGAGAUCACAUACCAUUGCGAAUCAAGCACAACAGAGGGCCAAACGCAACGCAGCUGAUAUGCAAUUCGGUCUCUAUCUUCCUGCUGAGGAGGAUAGUGAUGAUGAUUGAAUUAGAACAUGAAAACCACAGCUCUUCUCUCUUUUUUGCUCUAGAAUUCUUUUAUUAAAAAUGUUCAAGGUUCUGACUGUAUAUCAAAAGCUUUUUGAUUUGUUCAUAUGAAAAGCUUUGAUCACAUAAACAAUUAUUUUCUUUCUGAGUGUUGUUGAUAUAAAGCUUCAUGUUUCUUA